AUGGCAUGUGCCGAGGUGGUGCUUUUGCGCGACUCCUGCAGCGCGGUGAGGGUGUUUUUUGAGGUGCAACGAUACAGGAAAAACAGGGCACUUCGGAGUUCUCUUGCCGACUACGUGCUGCGGGCUCUCACAGCAGAAGCAACGUUUCCAAUGAUGCACGGAACGAGUGACUUUCCUUCCCUGUCGCUUUUCUACGUUGGUGAGGCGACAUGCAGCGGCGCUCCCUGCUACGUUGCACUCCCCACCUUUGGCCGCUUCUUUAUUGACUAUUGCCUGACGUGGGGCCACCACGCGCACUACGGGCAGGCGCGGCGGUACGCAGCAUGUUGCAAAAUGGCGAUUCUACAGACCGUGGGCGGUGGGUGGGCCUCGUUGCGUCGCGCAGACAAGGCCCUGAGGUACGCUAUAAUGCUCUACGAGACGGCUGCACUCAUCCACGACACCGCCACGCUGCGGAAGUGCCGCCUGUUUGUGGGAUGGGCACACCUCUGGAACGGCGAUGUACGGCAGGCUGUUGAAAUCUUUGAGCAGCAGCUGGUGGAGGCGCAGGUGGAAGGCGACGCUGUUCAAGAGCGCCGUUGCAUCUCCGCCAUCCACCACGCCCGUCACAACCCGUCGGUUGUUGUCGCGUGUGGCGCGAGGGGUCAGGGUAGUUUUUUUCUUUCGGAGUGUUGGGCGGAACUCUUUGAAUGA